CCUUUGAAGUGCAACAGAAUAUUUUUUAAGAACUAAAACGUUUGAUUAAAGGACUGAUAAUGAUCUCAUUAUAUAACGAAAAAACAAACAAUACAAUCCAUACACACUUCGACUUUUAAAUGUCAAUAAUGCAAUGUUAUGGAUCCCAACUACCUUGAAACCCCGUCACCAACCCAUCAACUAAGACGUCCCACCCCAGAAGCAGGGACGUGCUGCCCUCUAUCAGCAGAAACAUGCCCCGCCCCGCCUAUCAGCAUCUCCGGGCAGCGUAGAGGAGCUGGAAGUCCGGAGGAGCAGGAGCAGGAGCAGGCAUCGCAGAGUUCAGCGGCACCCGCGUUCGUCCGACACUCAGCCAGAUCUGCUCCCCAGGCAGUGGAGGUGAUGAUGGCGGCGGCUGUAGAGAGAGGAGGCGUCCGGGCCGCUUUCCUGAACCCGAGCAGCGGUGGUGGAGCAGCACCGACCAGCCUGCCGACCGGAGCGUUGGCCGGGGCUGUGGUCCUGGGCUCCGGCUCGGGAUCCAGCACCAUGCCUGUACCUAUGAACCUCUUUGCGACCUGGGAGAUAGACCGAUCAUCCCCAAGCUGCGUUCCGAGGCUCUGCAGCCUCACGUUGAAAAAGCUGGUUGUCCUCAGAGAACUGGAUAAAGAGCUCAACUCCUUGUCGAUAGCUGUCAAGAUACAGGGUUCCAAGCGUCUUCUCAGAUCAAACGAGUACAUCCUCCCACCCAGUGGACUGAUGGAGACAGAUCUGGAGCUCACAUUCUCACUACAGUACCCCCACUUUCUGAAGAGAGAUGCAAACAGACUGCAGAUCAUGCUGCAAAGGAGAAAACGCUACAAGAACAGAACCAUCCUGGGCUACAAAACGUUGGCUGUGGGCGUCAUCAACAUGUCUGAGGUGAUGCAACACCCGACAGAUGGAGGGCAGAUUCUGGGUCUUCACAGCAACGUGAAGGAGGCCCCAGUGCGUGUGGCAGAGAUCAGUGUUUACUCUCUGUCCAGCCAGCCCAUUGACCAUGAGGACGGUAGCGGCCAGGCUGGACGCAAGACCAAACCCUCAGACCGGUCCCCAGACAUGGAUAAUUACUCUGAGGAGGAUGAUGACAGCUACUCAUCAGAGCAAGAAGCCAGUGAUGAUGCAGUUCAUGGCCCGGAUCUCUACGAUGAAGACGACGAGGUCAGGAAGCCCAAAAAGGCUCGGAGGAAAAUGAUUCGAACCACUUCCAUGACCAGGCAACCUAACUUCAAACAGAAGUUUGUGGCCCUGCUGAAGAGGUUUAAAGUCACAGACGAGGUCUUAGACUCUGACCCAGUAGACCAGACCCAGGAGGUGGAGGAGGAUCUGGACUUACUCUAUGACAGUCUGGAAGUGUAUAACCAGAGUGACAGUGGGCCAGAGAUGGAGGACAACGAGAGUGUCCUUAGCACACCUAAACCCAAACUCAAACCAUUUUUUGAAGGGAUGUCUCACUCCAGCUCACAGACAGAAAUCGGAAGCAUACAUAGCCAAAAAAGCCAACAGAGGGAGCUGUCCUGUCCUAGUGGAGACUUUCUGACCGUGGAGAGAUGUAAAACGCAGAGCUCUCGCUAUCUAGAUGACAGCGUCACAGACACAACCACUGGGGAGCCAGACACUGAUGACAACGGCCCGGCCCUGGGUGAGGUGAGCAGCUGGGAUCCAAACACUGAACGGAUAACUAGCCCCGUUGGGAAACUCUGCAAGACUGAGUCUCAGAAUCACAUGUCUCCAAGUAAAAUGGAGAACAAACUGCAGAGACGUACGCGCAGCACCUCCAUGAAAGACAGACAAAACUCCAAAGCCCAGAGUGACAGGACCAGCAGCAUGGAGAGUGAGUGCUCACCAGACUCGAGACUCAUCGCACAGGUGAGCAAAAACAAGCAGGUUCCGAGGAAGUCUGUGUAUGACCAACUGAACCAGAUCCUCAUCUCUGACGAACGCCUGCCAGAGAGCAUCAUCCUGAUCAACACCAUGGAGUGGCAAGGACAGUAUGUAGCUGAACUGCUCCAUGACCAGAGCCAGCCCAUUGUGUCCACCUGCUCUGCUGCUGAUGUUCAGGCUGCCUUCAACACCAUCGUGACUCGCAUCCAGAGAUUCUGUAACUGCAACGCGCAGACACCGCCGACCAUGAAAGUGGCGGUGGCUGGAGACCAGAGUUACCUUAGCACCAUCCUGCGCUUCUUUGUGGAGCAGCUGGCCAACAAGACGCCUGACUGGCUGAGUUACAUACGCUUCCUGGUGAUUCCCAUUGGUUCUCACCCCCUGGCAAAGUACAUGGCCUCGUUUGACAGCAGGUUCAAUAGCAUCUUUAUGGACACCGCGUGGAGGGAGCUGUUCUGCAGGACGGAACGGCCAACCUCAGAUAACAUUGACGUAGCAGGACGAGUGGUUCAGUACCUGGCCGGUGCCAACGUGUCCCACCAGUUCCCCAUCUCGGAGGCCAUGCUCACCUACAAACAAAAGAGGAAAAGGAGUUUGUAUUUUGAUUUUUACAUCAGCCCUGACGAGGACUCCUGUCAAAAAUUUGUGCCAUUUAUUGGGGUUGUUAAAGUAGGGAUUGUGGAGCAAAGUCUGUCAACAUCAGUUGACUCAGAUGAUGCAAUGGCAGGCAACACCAAUAUCCUGUCUUCUCCAACACCCCCAUCAGCUGGUCUGUAUGGGAAGGAGAUUGGAGGAACUCCUCCUCAGUCACCCUCUGUGUCCACAGCCCUGUCUGGAGCUGGUGUUGCUCAUAGUUCCCCGCCUCCCUGUGUCAGUUCUCCAUGUUCAGGUAAUGAGUUGAUGGGACUGCAGGUGGACUACUGGACGUGGCAAGGCCCUGAGAAGAAGAAGGAGGGUGAAAAGAGAGACGUGGGGCUAAAGAACACCCUGAAAAGUAAUUUCCGUUCUCUGCAAGUCAGCCGUCUCCCCUGCGGAGGAGAACUCACCCCUCCGCCCAGCAUGGCCAUGACCGUUGUUACCAAGGAGAAGAACAAGAAAGUUAUUUUUCUCAGCAAGAAGCCCAAGGAGAAAGAGCUGGACUCUAAGAGCCAAGUGAUUGACGGUAUUAGCAGGUUAAUCUGCACUGCCAAGCACCAGCAUACGAUGCUGAGAGUCACUAUUGAUGGAGUGGAGUGGAAUGAUGUGAAGUUUUUCCAGCUCGCUGCUCAGUGGCCCACACAUGUCAAGCACUUCCCGGUGGGAAUCUUUGGUUACACCAAACCCGUGUGACUGGUCACCAUCCCACGACCCACCGCCAGACUGUCCACUGCACUUGUCUCAGUCAGAGGCUUCAGAGCUUUAGAGAAGAAGCCAACGGGCCCUGGGGCAGUUAGAGUUUUCCUGUGGAAAUCUUAACUGAGUCACCACCAUGUUCCAUACACCGAUUUCAUGUCGUCGUUUUUCGAUGUUUUCAAUGUUGACGUUGGGUGUUGUUGUUGUUGUUUUUUUACACACUACAAAAAAGAACAAGUACUAUUUUGUAAGAUUUGUGCUAUGGCCUCUUGAGGUUUUUUGAGGUUUUUUGACAAUUUGCCACAUUUCGAUAAUGGCAGCUGUGUUUGCACUUUGCUUUUUUUUUUGUUACCGACUUAUUAUUUCUGUGAAAUCCUUAACAUUUAUUGUUACUCUAUAGACAAUGGAGGAGCGUGUUGGUGACGUGCCGUGGCGUGUGUGCGAUCGUUUGAGACGUUUGUUCGAAGUUGGAAUAUUGCUGUGAAUUUUGGGUGGAAUCCUCUCUAACUAACUCAGCGCUCCGUUUUCCUACUCGUCCCUUUACUGUCUCACAAACUUUUAUAGAAAGGAGCGUAAAGUUAUUUUUUAUUUGCCUAAUUGCUUUUAAGCACAUUGUAUCUUAAGCAAAAACUAAAAAAAAAAAGGAAAGAAAAAAAAACAUGGGCAAGGUAUUUUUGAAGGUAGCUAUAAUGAAUGUAGCUAUGACACACUUGUAUCAUGUUAGCUCGUCAUCUUACGUAGUGUAAGUACUGGACUUUUUUUAACAUCAUUGUCAAUGUACAUACAGGCUGUACAGAAGAAACCACUAUAAAGCAGGGUAACGUCACACACACUAUGUGUGAACUAAAACUAAAUAUUUCAUCCCCCCAUCAGCUGAUGCCAAAUGUUGUGACGACUGUGUCUCAUUUGUUUCAAGGUCCUGGGUGGUUUAUUCACAUUUAUACAAGUGUGUUGUAAUUGGGACAUUUUUGGGGAGCAUGGGAAGGGGGGGGUAAACAUGUCCACUCCAUAUGAAGCUCUGACAUCCUGGGUGUCUCUCAAACCCACAGUAACUUUGCAAAUAAAUGUCAGAGUACUCCUAAUGUGCAGUGAUGUGCCAAAGUUGGGUUUGGUUUGGUUUGACGCGGACAAGUAUAGUAUUUGUUACUACAGAUCUAUUUAACCUAUUUUUGGUCACUGUGGAGAUCAGUAUUAAGAUUAUACUCUAUACAUAUAUACAGUAAUGUGCAAAGUCUUGGCUAACAAUAGUUUUGUUGUCUUAGCAACGUUUCAAUUAAUAUAUUUUUUUUGUGUGUGACCAAAAAAUACAGAAACAAUGCUCACAAAAAACAUGUUCUUUACAAAGAUUCAACAUAAAUUUUAGGGAGCGGUUUCUAUAUGGAAGUAUAAGCAGUAGGCAUGUAGAUGGACUUUCGAUCCGAUAGCAAGUUGGGCUAUAACUCGAUCCCAUCUUUUCUCUACUCUACUUUUAUCAGUUAUAUACCAUGUAUAUUGUUCUUGGUUGAAACAGCACUUCAUCUGAUUUUGAAAACACUAUUUCUCUCUGUCUUUUUGUUUUGAUUGGUUCCACAAAACCCAGUCUGACUCGUCAUAAGAUUACUCAUGUAGUUAAAAAGUCCAGAUCACACACUCAACACUGGCAGGAUUAGGAACUGAUCCACAAAGUGGGUUCUGUCAUUGGGUCGCAGUUCACUUAAACAGAUACAAAAGAAAAAGUGAUAAUGAUCCACUUUGGGAAGUUGACAUCAACCUAACCUACAUCUACUUAUUUAGCAACUUCCAGUCCAGACCAGGUCCAAGUUAGAUCUGGUCUGCAUUGUGGGUUUCCUGUCUGUUCAAGCCAAUGCUUGGACUAAAUUCAUCACAUGGUCCAUUCAGAAGGCCAUCGCAUCACAGUGAAUCCAAAUUAGGAGUCAGUUUGCUUCCUGAGUGUGUUUCUUCUCAAUUUUGGCCCAAUCUUUCAACCACAAGCCGUUCUUAUUCAAGACUUGGAUUGAAUCAGGAUCAUCCUGGCGUAAUUGACCAGAGAAUGAUCCAGGUCUUUGCUGGACUCCUUUCAGCUUUUCAGUGAAAAGACUGAAAACUUCAAAUUAGAUUAAAACAUUUUCAACUUGUUUUUCUUCUGUGUCUUUGACUUGUCCUGAUGCUUGAUAUGACUUUAGAAGCCAAAACGACUGUGAGCAUACUUUCUGUAUUUUCUGGUUGUUAACAUUGUCAUCAAUAGCAUUGCCAAAAAAAAUGCAAAUCCAGCAUCAAUGUGGAUGCUCAACAUUGAACCAUCAACUUAUCAACAGUACAUGUGCAUAAGUGUGGGUCUAGUGUACUUCCUAACUAACUGCUCUUCCCUUUAAUACAGUUGCAUCAUGGCUAGACAUGCAAAAACGUAGAACCCAAACCUGAAACUACUCUAACGUUGGUCGGCCAUUCAGUCAGUAUUGUGUUUUAAAGGAACUGAUUCAUUGGAAACGUGCUUCAACAGUUAACAGUAUUGUUGAGCGCAAUGCAAAGUAUUGAACUGCUUUGGAAAAUGAUGACUCAGCGUGUUGAGUCUCGCUGAUGUCCAAGUCACUGCCUGUGUAUGUCUGUGUGUAUGAGUGUGUGUCGGUGUGCUACAUGUUUAAGGUACUCCCUGAAUGGGGUUGUGUGUGAGUGGGGGGUUUUUUUGCAAGAGGAAUCCUUCAGACUAAGGGCCUUAUGUAUGACUUUGUUGUUGCUUUUCUACUUCGUUCAAGACGUACAUGCUUUCCAGCAAACUGGCUUUUUGGAGAGAAAAGAAAAAGUAAACGUUGUAUAUAAAAAUAUACAAGAUAUACUAUUGUGAAUUUUCAAACCCCUCACCCCCAUGAAUUAAAAGCACAAAUAGCUUUGUCCUUUCUCGUCAUAAAUACCAAAUAUACUUUACAGAGCUUGUGACUAUGAAGUUGACGUGUACAAUGUAAACACUAGAGAGUUGUUGGUUAUUUCUCCUACAUUUCCCUCACUUUGUGAUGCACUUUCAUGUGGUUUUUGUUUUGCCACUUGUCUAAGAACUUAUGUUGCAGCUGCCACUGUGUGUCUGCCCAUAAACAUCCAGUUGUUUUUCAUAUUUACAGCCUCUUUUUGAAAGGUUGAGGCCUUUCGGUAAUCAGACGAUCAAGUAACCCCAACGUAUUUUACUCUAGGGCUGAAUGGUGCUCACAGGGGCACUGUUGUUUGAGGGAAUCUGUCAUGUGACUUAGCCUUUUAAAUCAAAAUUGAGCUAAAAUGACGACAAGUGGAAUUCAAUAUGUUUGACCUCAUUUUCUUCCUAAUGUUUUUGCCCCUCCAUUAGAGGUAGCAUGGGGGCAUUUGUACAAGGCCGGAUCAAUGAGCAGGCAUCGCCUAUUUUUCACCAUGUUUUCAGCACUGCAAAAAAAAAAAAAAAA